UAGUGCUCCUUGUUUAAUUUAUCGAAAUUAUUACCUUGAAGUUAUCAUAAUAAUGAAUUUAAAGCGCGAAAUUAAGUAUCUCCUACCUCGUUUUUUCUCAGCAGCUCAACAAAACGGUGCUCAACAGCGUAUUCUGCAGCUUUUAUCUGGUAGAUUUCCUGAAGCUAAUGUCAAUGUCGUUGAUGUAUCUGGGGGCUGUGGAGCGAUGUUCGAAGUUUUUGUGGAAGCCAAAGAAUUUGAGGGCUUAUCAACAUUAAAACAACAUAAACUUAUAACGCAAACGCUGAAGGAGCAAAUAAAAGACAUGCACGGGGUUCGCAUACAUACAUCUAUCCCAAAGCCUAAAUAGUUCAAUAUGCAAAUUAUCUAAUCACCCCUUGAAGGAAAUUGAUUAGAAGAUUAUUCAUCCCUAGUGGAAUUACAAUCGUGGGUUUGUAUCAUGAUAUCGACAGCGCGUCCCGAAUUCGUUGUGAAUUUUAAGUCAUAUUAAUUAUGAUAUUAACUCCACCAUGCACAUAAGUAUAAAACAUAAUUAUAAAAAUACAUUUAUUUGGACAAGUCCAUGCUUUUAGAAAAA